UUUACCUUAAAAGAUUUUAGUUCUUAAUAAUAAUAAAUUAUACAACUAAAUUCAAAAUGUUACGGUUCAGUUUAUGUCUAAUAUUAUUGGUAGGAUCAACUUUGAAUAUUGAAGCAUCAAGAAUUUUAGCAAUAUAUCCUUGUCCGUCGAUCAGUCAUCAAAUUGUGUUUCGACCGUUGACUUUAGAACUACUUAAACUCGGCCAUGAAAUGACUGUAGUGACCACAGAUCCAAUGUUCUCCAAAGAAAAUGCUCCAGCAAAUCUAACUGAAAUUAACGUUCAUGACGCCACAUACGAUGUUAUUAGAAAAAUAAUAUCCAAUGUAGUUACUGGAAGUAAAUCUGAUGUACUAAAUCAGGCUAUUGUUGUCAAAGAACUUAUAUAUAAAGCAACUGAAGCAAUCUUACUAACAAAUGAGGUUCAACAUAUACUCAAGAAUGAAAAAAGAUAUGAUUUGAUAUUCAUAGAAGCAUUGUUUACUCCCAUGUUGGGUAUAAGUCAUAAAUUUAAAGCACCAACUAUUUUAAUCAGUUCAUUUGGACCUUUCAUCGGUAGUUACGAAAUAGUUGGAGCACCUACUAAAGCACUUUUAUACCAUAACAUGUAUAGUCAAAGACUUAAUAAUUUAACUUUAUAUGAAAAAAUAUCAGAACUAUACAAUUAUAUACGUAUUCAAUACAUAUUUAACCACAGUGAUGAGAAAUUUAAUGAAUUGCUUAAACGAAUUUUCGGAUCGGAUACGCCAACUUUAUCAAAGCUGAAGGAUUAUGUUGACAUGCUAUUUGUGAAUAUUCAUCAGAUUUGGGAGGGUAAUUACCCAGUACCACCUACUGUUGUACACAUGGGUGGAUUGCAUCAAAAGCCACAGAAGUCACUUCCUAAGGAUCUUCAGCAAUAUCUCGAUGCUUCAGAAAAUGGUGUGAUAUAUUUUAGUUUUGGAACUAAUGUCAACAUAUCUCAUCUUCCUCAAGAAAAAAUUAUGAUCUUCAAAAAAGUUCUCUCAGAAUUACCAUACAAUGUAUUGUGGAAGAUAAAGGAUCAUUAUUUACCUGAAGAAUUUAAGAAUAUCAAAACAUUUCAAUGGCUACCACAAGCCGAUCUAUUAAGGCAUCCAAAUGUGAAGAUAUUUAUAACACAAGGAGGUCUGCAAUCUACCGAUGAAGCAAUAACAGCUGGUGUUCCAUUAAUCGGUGUUCCGAUUUUAGGAGACCAAUGGUACAAUGUAGAGAAAUAUAUCCAUCAUAAAAUUGGAGUUAGAUUGUAUCUCGAAGAACUCAGUGAAGACGGCUUAAGGAAUGCAAUUUUAGAAGUUAUUGAAAAUAAAAGCUACCGAGAUAACGUAAAAAGACUACGAACCCUGAUGCAGGACCAGCCUCAGACUCCACUAGAGCGCGCCGUCUGGUGGACAGAAUACGUCCUUCGCAACGGCGGCGCUAAGCACUUGAGGGCGCCCGCUGCCAACUUAUCUUGGACCGAGUAUUACGAAAUUGAAUUAUGUCUCCUUAUAAGUUCUGUUACCUUAAUUUCUGCAUUAUUAUUAUUUAUUUUAAUCAGAAUAAUAGUAUCUAAUGUCUCAAGAAUUUUUCGAAAACAGAAAUUAAAAAGUAUGUAACUGUCUAAAUCCAGACUUUAGAAUCCAAAGUUUCUAAAAUUGUAAUUAACUACACAUGGUUCAAUGUUAAGCGAUUCCAUUUGAAUGCUGCUCGAAACUGCGUUCGAUAAUUGAACUAACGUGUUCUCAAUCAGUUUACCGCCGAAAUCCAACUAUCGCUAAAGUCCUAAAUAGUCCCGGAUACUAAAUAAAGAGUUAAACGGUUUACUAUCUAAAGUUACAAAGAUUUUUUUUUUGCAAAAACAUCCAACAGAUUUACAUACUGUAACUAAUGGCUUGAAGAAAAACUCAUAUAAGACAAAGAGAAGUGUGCUUUGUUCUA